CGGACGUGGCAGUGUGGCAGCAAACAAAGGCGGCCCGCUGCGCGGUGAUACCCACACUUACCCUCCAUCAAACGGACAGUCAUCUCGCUUUGGUUCAGGCGUUGCCACCUCAGAGGGCCGCACCGGCCACCGCGCCGGCAUGAUCUUCCCCCUGCUGCUGGCCAUCUCGCGGCGCCUGGCCGCACUCAUCCCCACGGCGCUCAUGUCCCUCGUGGCCAUCGCCGCCAUGCUGGUGUUCGCCAAGAAGGCCUUCCUCAUGUCGGCCGCCGCCCUGGCCGUCGCGCUGUACGACUCGUACCGCGCGCGGAAGAAGCAGAAGCAGAGCUACGCGUACCACGAAGCCAUCGAGCCCAUCCAGUUCACGGAGGUGCACUUCAAGCCCGCCCCGCCGUCGUACUCCAAGUACUCGUCCAAGGCGUCGCCCUACGGCUACUCCUACAAGCGGCCCAGCAGCUACGACGUGCCGCUACACGCGGGGGCGUCGUCCUACUACCGCCGCCAGCCCAUCACGAGCUACUCGUCCAAGCCCUACGACUCGUACGCCAAGCCCUACGACGCCUACUCCUCGCCGUCGCAGUCCCUGGACGGCGGCGCGCCCAGCGGCGGGGACGCGGCGGGGGACAGGGACAGCUACGAGGUGGUCGACGACUACCGGCCGCUGGGCGGCGGGCCCGCCUACGUGGGGGACGCGAGCACGCAGCAGGAGGCGUUCUCGCCGCUCUAUCCGAACCACCAGCAGCCGCAGCAGCAGGAGGCGGCCAGCCAGGAGUCCGUGCAGUCCGCCCCCGCCGCCUCUCUGCUGACUCCCGUCAAAUAA